CGUAUGCGGUCUUUUAUAGCAGAUGCCAUGCGCACUAGAACACACACACGAAAGCAUCCAAGAUCACUAACCUCGCUCACUGCCCAUCCCAUCCCUAUCUGGUCGGCCACGACGAUCUCCAGAAAUCAGGAUGGGUAGCCAAGGGCAAGCGGCGACCGACGGCCGGGGAGACGCAGACGACACCGGCGGAAGAACCCAAGCAGCGCACUUCGUGUUCGUCCCGCUGAUGGCUCAGGGCCACCUGAUCCCGGCCAUCGACACGGCGCUGCUGCUCUCCACCCACGGCGCCGUCUGCACCAUCGUCGGGACCCCGGCCACGUCUGCUCGGGUACGCCCGACCAUCGAGUCCGCCCUGCAGUCCGGCCUGUCGGUCCGCCUCGUCGAGUUCCCGCUCAACUACGCCGAGGCCGGCCUGCCCGAAGGCGCCGACAACAUGGACAACGUCCCGGCAGAGUACUCGCAGAACUACUUCGACGCCGUCGCGCUCCUCCGCGCGCCGAUCGAGCGCUACCUCCGCGCGCAGGCGCCGUACCCGACGUGCGUCGUGGCGGACUUCUGCCAGCCGUGGACCACGGUGCUCGCGACCAACCUCGGCGUCCCGCGCCUCACCUUCUUGAGCAUGUGCGCCUUCUGCCUCCUGUGCCAGCACAAUGUCGAGCGGUUCAACGCGUACGACAACGUCGCCGACGACAACGAGCCGGUCGUCGUGCCGGGUCUGGAGGAGAAAAGGAUCCUGGUAACGAGGGCGCAGGCCCCGGGCUUUUUCCGGGGGAUCCCAAUCCCGUGGUGGGAGGAGUUCGCGGACUACGUCGAGCGCGCGCGGGCCGAGGCCGACGGCGUCAUCGUGAACACCUUCGAGGAGAUGGAGCCGGAGUACGUCGCCGGCUACGCGGCGGCCAGGGGGAUGAAAGUCUGGACCGUCGGGCCGGUGUCGCUGUACUAUCACCAGGAGCGCGCCGCAACGCUGGCGGCGAGAGGGAGCACCGCCGACAUCGACGCCGGCGAGUGCCUCCGGUGGCUGGACGGCAAGGAGCGCGACUCCGUCGUGUACGUCAGCUUCGGGAGCAUCGCGCAGGCGGACGGGAAGCAGGCCGUGGAGCUCGGCCUCGGGCUGGAAGCGUCGGGGCACCCGUUCAUCUGGGUGAUCAGGAACGCCGACGAGUACGACGGAGCCGUGCGCGUCUUCCUGGACGAGCUCGACGCGCGCGUCGCGGCCGCGGGGCGCGGCCUGCUCAUCAGGGGGUGGGCGCCGCAGGUGCUGAUCCUGUCCCACGCUGCGGUGGGCGCGUUCGUGACGCACUGCGGGUGGAACUCCACGAUGGAGGCCAUCACCGCGGGGCUGCCGGUGGUGACGUGGCCUCACUUCACGGACCAGUUCCUGAACCAGAAGAUGGCCGUGGAGGUGCUGGGCAUCGGCGUCAGCGUCGGGAUCACGGAGCCGCUCAUGUACCAGAAGGUGGAGAAGGAGAUCGUGGUCGGCCGGAACGUGGUGGAGGAGGCCGUGAGGAGCGUGAUGGGCGGCGGGGAGGAGGCAGAGGAGAGGCGGCGGCGGGCCCGCGCGCUGGCGGUCAAGGCGAGAGCGGCCAUGCAGGAGGGCGGGUCGUCGCACCGCAACCUGCUGGAUUUGGUCGGGCGCUUCGAGGGUGUCAUGGCCGAGACUACCAAAGGCGCGUGAAGCAACAGAGCACUGCAUAGUGCAGGUCUACUGUGGAGAAGGCGCUAUUAUAUUGGCUACGUUUUAAUCGUUUUCGAUUUUACAGCAAGCGAGUGUCUGCGUGUUGCUAUGGGGAAAAAACUUUUAUACGUGUGGAUGAUUCAUUUAAGGUCUUGUUUACUUCCAAAAAAGUUUGUAAAAUAUGAAUAGUAACACUUUCGUUUGUAUUUGACAAA